CGUAGGCUUUGGAAUCAGUGGUGUUUAAGAGUUGGAAAAAAAAUACAGAGGAGAGUGGAAAUAUUAAAAGAUAGCAACCCUUCCCGGUUUUCUCGUGACGGCCUACGAGCCAAUAAAGCUAGUUUCACUACUUGUCUUCCCCAUCAUCAUCGGCAUUAGAAAAAAAAUCUCUAUUCUGUGUGUGAUUCUUUUCCUGCUUCGCUUCAACAUCAUUCCUUGUUAGCGUUGAAAAGAAAAUGUUUUCUGUAUUUUGUGAUCUGAUCCGCCAUUGAUCACGCACUUAAACACUUUCUGAGCUUUGCCAAAAUAAGCACUCGAUUCGAUCACAUUUCUUUACUGCACAUUUGGUGGUCCGGGCGGCCUCUAACAAAAUUUCGUUCUUUUUGGCUUCUGGGUGCUUCCGAUUCUUCGUUCUCAGGCUGCUUCUUCUUGAUCCGGUCAGAGUUCGGUUCGUUAUUUUUUAUGUGGUUUGUGGUUGUCAAAGGUUGGGAGUUGCGACCUCAGUGAGAGUGGUUUCGAUUUUUCCUUAAGACAGUGAUUUUGGUAUUUCCUUAGCUUCAGCAUUCCUGGACUUUGCACUCUAGACCGCUGUCCUAAAUAAAUAGUCAUCUUGAAACUUGGUUUCUAUCUGGGUCCGCCAUGGAUUCUUGCUGUGCGACACUGAAGACCAAUGCUCAUCCGGUCAAAGUUGGCAGAAGAGGAGUUAGGAAUAUGGGUACGGGUUUUUGGGGUGAGAGUAUUCUGGGGAGCCUAAAGAGCAGGGACUUGAGUGCACAAAUCUUGAAGAGCUCGGAAAGUGAAAACAGCAGGGUUACUAAACUUAAGCCGGUUGUUGUCUGCUCUGUUCUCGCUUCAGAUAUCAACAAAGAGGCCUUGUCAUUUCAGGCACCCAUUUUUGAGAUUCCAAGAGCAGACCCGAAAAGUGUAGCUUCUAUCAUCUUGGGUGGAGGUGCUGGAACUCGCUUAUUUCCUCUCACAAGCAAAAGAGCCAAGCCGGCGGUUCCAAUUGGAGGGUAUUACAGGCUAAUCGAUAUCCCGAUGAGUAAUUGCAUCAACAGUGGCAUAAAGAAGAUAUUCAUAUUAACGCAGUUUAACUCGUUUUCCCUCAACCGUCACCUUGCUCGCACAUAUAAUUUUGGGAAUGGUGGUAGUUUUGGAGAUGGGUUUGUGGAGGUUUUGGCUGCCACUCAAACACCAGGAGAAGCAGGGAAGAGAUGGUUCCAAGGAACAGCAGAUGCCGUGAGGCAAUUUAUAUGGGUCUUUGAGGAUGCAAAGAACAAGAGUAUAGAGCAUAUAUUGAUACUGUCUGGUGAUCACCUCUAUCGGAUGGACUAUAUGGAUUUUGUGCAAAAACAUAUUGACACAAACGCUGAUAUUACAGUUUCAUGUGUGCCCAUGGAUGAGAGCCGUGCAUCAGAUUAUGGACUCAUGAAAAUUGACAGCACAGGACGUAUUAUUCAAUUCUCUGAGAAACCAAAGGGCCCUGACCUAAAAGCAAUGCAAGUUAACACCACUCUUCUAGGGCUCUCUGAGCAAGAUGCCAGGAAAUACCCAUACAUUGCAUCAAUGGGUGUCUAUGUAUUUAAAACCGAUGUCCUACUAAAGCUGUUGAGAUGGAGAUAUCCUUCAUGCAACGACUUUGGCUCUGAAAUUAUUCCAUCAGCUGUGAUGGAGCACAAUGUCCAAGCAUAUUUAUUCAAUGAUUAUUGGGAGGACAUUGGAACUUUAAAGUCUUUUUUUGAUGCCAACUUGGCCAUGACAGAACAGCCUCCAAAGUUUGAAUUCUAUGAUCCAAAGACACCUUUCUACACAUCUCCUAGAUUCUUGCCUCCUACCAAAGUUGACAAAUGCAGGAUUCAGGAUGCAAUUGUUUCCCACGGUUGCUUCUUGCAGGAAUGCAGCGUUCAGCACUCCAUAGUUGGUGUGCGCUCACGUUUAGAGUACGGUGUAGAACUUAAGGAUACCAUGAUGAUGGGUGCAGAUUACUACCAAACAGAAUCUGAAAUUGCAUCUCUGCUCGCGGAGGGAAAGGCUCCAAUUGGUGUUGGACAGAACACCAAAAUCAGGAAUUGCAUAAUUGAUAAGAAUGCCAAGAUAGGAAGAAAUGUGGUCAUAGCAAAUGGUGAUGGUGUUCAAGAAGCAGAUAGACCGAAUGAAGGAUUUUACAUACGGUCAGGGAUCACAGUCAUACUGAAGAAUGCAACAAUAAAGGAUGGAACAUUAAUUUAACAAUUUUCAGAUCGAAGGGCUUCUUUAUCAGAUUUUGAGCCAGUGUUGCAUGAGCAAGAGCAGACAGACAGUAAGUUCAAAUUGUACUCGGCAAUAAACAUUAGCAGGAAUACUCCUAUAUAUGUAAAUUACAAGCUUAAUAUAUGUAUGUAAGAAGGCCAGCUAGUUCCUGAAUAAAAGAAAUUGCUUUUCGGUUUAUUUAUUA